CAUCCAUCAUGACCAUGACAUGACUACCAUCCAUCCAUGCAUGAAUGCAUGCAUACAUACAUUACCCACCACAACAACCGCUCCUCUAUUUAAUCCCACACCCUCCCUCGUAUCUCUCUCCCGAUCAAAACAAAAGUCGUGGGAACGAUGGGCGAGAAGGACGGUGAGAAGAAGGGCGAGGAGAAGAAAGGCGAUGGAGGGAAGAAGGAAGACGGAGCGAUCACCGUCGUUUUGAAGGUUGACAUGCAUUGCGAUGGAUGCGCGAAGAAGAUUAUAAAAUCCGUCAAAGGUUUCGAUGGAGUGGAGAAUGUGAAGGCGGACCACAGUAGCAACAAGCUGACGGUGGUGGGGAAAGUGGACCCGGAGAAGAUCAGAUCAAGGGUCGAGAGCAAGACGAAGAAGAAGGUGGAGCUGGUCUCUCCUGCCCCCAAAAAGGAUAAGGAUGGAGGGGAGAAAAAGCCACAAAACAAGCCCGAGAAGGCCGAGGACAAGAAAGGCAAAGAGCCUGUUUCAUCAACGGUGGUGCUGAAGAUACGGUUACACUGCGAAGGCUGCAUCAAGAAGAUACAGAGGAUAAUCCGCAAGAUUAAAGGGGUGGAGAAUGUUAGCAUAGAUUCUCAGAAGGAUCUUGUGACGGUGAAGGGGACUAUGGAUGCGAAAGCACUGCCCUCCUACCUCAAGGAGAAGCUGAAGCGGAAUGUGGAGGUCGUUCCACCGAAGAAGGAUGGGGGCGACGGAGGGGAUAAGAAAGCCAAAGAAGGCGGCGGCGGUGGCGGUGAGAAGAAAGACAAGGCAGACGGCGGGGGAGAGAAGAAGGACAAGGCAGGUGGUGGUGAGAAGAAGGACAAAGAAGGUGGUGGCGGUGGAGAACAGGCAAAGGUGGAGAUGAACAAGAUGGAGUACGGGGGCAAUGGGUACUGGGCCAAUCCACCUUGGUAUGCAGCAGAGCCAGUGCACGCCCCCCAGAUUUUCAGCGAUGAAAAUCCAAAUGCCUGCUCGGUUAUGUGAGGAGAAGGUGUAGUAGAAAUAGAAGGUGUAAAUAAGAGAUAGGGAGGGGAGGGAGGAAAAAAAAAUGCAAGUACAUAAAGAGAGAUAGAGAGUGGUGGGGAAGAUGAAAGAGAGGCCUUCCUGGCCUCUUGUCUGUUUGGAUUGCUUUGCUAUAUGUUUCAAUUCAAUUUUGUUCUUUUGUUA